GCGCUUUUUACCAAGGUGGUGGGAGGAGCAGCUGUCAGCGGCGGUUGAGGUGCGGCGAAAAAAGGAAUUAUUUACACUGGUACACAGCGGAGGAUCCAUGUCGGAGCAGGCGGGUGUGAAUUAAUCGGCGAACAACCCCCGUUUUCGCCCCGGAACAACAAUGGAGGCUAUCGUGGACGAGGACAGGCGUCGGAGGCUCCGCAACCUGGAGGAGAAAAUCACCGACCCGAGGAGCGUGACCAACAUCGACUGUCUUCUGGACACUGUGCAAGCCCUAGUGUCAGAUUGUGACCACCCGGCGGUCAGGAGACAAAAAAAUGUCGAAGCCUUCCUCAACAGAUACGAUCGGGUCUCGAGGGACAUCUCGGGGAUGCGGAUGAAGCCCGAGGACUUCCAGCUCAUCAAGGUGAUCGGCAGGGGCGCCUUCGGCGAGGUCCAACUCGUCCGGCAGAAAACCACAAAACAAGUUUACGCCAUGAAACUGCUCAGCAAAUUCGAAAUGAUUAAACGUUCGGACUCGGCGUUUUUCUGGGAGGAGAGAGACAUCAUGGCCUACGCCAAUUCCGAGUGGAUUGUCCAGCUUCACUUUGCCUUCCAGGACGAGAAGUACCUUUACAUGGUCAUGGACUACAUGCCUGGCGGUGAUUUGGUCAAUUUAAUGUCCAACUACGAUGUGCCAGAAAAGUGGGCUCAAUUUUACUGUGCCGAGGUCGUGCUGGCCUUGGACGCCAUUCAUUCCAUGGGUUUUGUCCACCGAGACGUCAAACCCGACAACAUGUUACUAGACAGACACGGCCACCUCAAGUUGGCUGAUUUCGGCACCUGCAUGAAAAUGGGUUCUGAUGGCUUGAUUCGGUCCGACACGGCCGUCGGAACGCCCGACUACAUUUCGCCCGAAGUUCUUCAGUCGCAGGGUGGCGAGGGCGAGUACGGCCGCGAGUGUGACUGGUGGUCCGUGGGGGUGUUCCUGUAUGAAAUGCUGGUCGGCGACACGCCCUUCUAUGCCGAGAGCUUGGCAGGCACGUACGGACGCAUCAUGGACCACCGGAACUCGCUGCACUUCCCUCCGGACGUCAGCAUCAGUCCCAGUGCCAAGAGUCUCAUAUGCGGAUUCUUGACUGACAGAAAUGUGCGCUUGGGCCGAAUUGGAAUCGACGAGAUCCAAACGCACCCCUUCUUCAAAAAUGACCAGUGGACUUUUGAGUCCAUCCGGGAUUGCGUUCCUCCUGUGGUGCCAGAACUGAACGGCGACGAAGACACCAGUAAUUUUGAUGACGUUGAAAAAGACGAAAGUCCUGAGGAAAACUUUCCUACGCCGAAAGCAUUCGCUGGAAAUCAUUUGCCAUUUGUUGGAUUCACUUACUCAAAGGACUACCAGCUUCUCACGAAAUCUUCAAAGUUAAACUCGGACUGCUUGGACAUGAUCAGCCGAAGCGAGAGUGCGAGUUCGGAAGUACUGGAGCAGCAACUGGUCAAUGAGAAGCACGCCCAGGAGGAGUUGAAAGCCAAGCAAAAGUCGCUGAGAGCAAAGCUGGAGGAAAUGGAGAAGCGGGAGGCGGACCUGCGGACGGAAAUCACCACCUUUGAGAAAACAGUCACCAUCUUGAAGCACGACCUGAAGGAGGCGCACAGAAAAGCGGAAACCGAGCAGGAGAACAAAAGGAGUCUGGAGGCGAAUCUGCAGCGGCUGCAGCACCGGCUGGACGACGAGCUGAGCAAAAGGAGCCGAGACGUGGGCGCCCACGAGAGGGCCACGUCCCUCGAGAAGCAGAUUUCCGAGCUCAAUGACAAACUCAAAUCCGAGAAUGAUCUUGCAAACCGACUGAGAAAGCAGAUCACAGACUUGACGAAUGCCAGAUCUGCCGCGGAGCAAAUUCAGCGGGAGUUGCAGGUGAAUGUGUCCAAUCUGCAAACGCAGAGGGACCGACUGAAGCAGGAAGUCUCGCACCUCCAGAGUCAACUGCAACUCGAGAGGAGCUCCAGAUCUCAAGCGUCGGGAAUGCAGCACGAGCUUGAAAGCCGUCUUCAGUGCACCCUGUCUGAAUUGGAAAGCACAAAACAGAGGGAACUGCAUUUACACGAGGACUGCCAAUCUUUGGUGGAAAAAGUUUCCACUCUUGAGAAGGAAUGCGCCUCGCUCGAGCUGGAACUGAAAGCGGCGCAAAACCGUUACCAGCAGGAGGUCCGCUCACACGAAGAGACGGAGCGGACGCGGCUAGUGAGCAAAGAGGAGGCCAACCUGGAAGUGGUGAAAGCCCUGCAAACCAAGCUGAACGAGGAGAAGGUGGCGAGGCAAAAGUCGGACAUGUCAGCGCAGGAGAAGGAGCGGCAGAUUUCGAUGCUGUCCGUCGACUACAGGCAAAUCCAGCAGCGGCUGCAGAAGUUGGAAGGCGAGCACAGGCAGGACGGGGAGAAGGUGCGCGCCCUGCACGGCCAGCUCGAGGCCGAGCAGACCAAGAAACUGGGGCUGCAGUCGGAAAUCAGCGUGCUCGGCACCGAGGUCGCCACUCUCAAGGCCAGGGAGACGCAACUCUCCCACGAGGUCACCGACCUCAAGGAGUGUCUGCGCAGGUCAGAGGACCAGCUCGACCGGGUCAACUCGGCCCGGCAGAUGGACGACUCGCACAUGAAGGAGCUGCAGGAGCAGCUCGAGGCCGAACAGCACUUUUCCACACUGUACAAAACGCAGACUCAAGAACUGAGGGAGGAACUCGAAGACCGCAGCAGGAACACGUUGCAACUGGAGGAGGAGCGGAACAGCAUGGCCCACCAGCUGCAGUUGACCCUGGCCAGGGCGGACGCCGAAGCUCUGGCAAGGUCCAUUGCCGAGGAAACGGUCGCUGACCUCGAGAAAGACAAAACCAUGAAAGAGUUGGAACUAAAAGACCUGCUCGCAAGACACAGAACUGAGAUUGCGAGCAGAGAUGCAACGAUUAAUGCGAUGGUGGAGAAGGAGACUGAGUUGAAAAAGCAGAUGGAGAAGGAAAAGGAGAAUUUCGGAAGCCAAAUAAAAUCCAUGCAGGAUGACCUGGCGCGAUCUGUGAGUCUGAAGGAGGAACUUGAACGAUUGCGGAACCAACUGAAGCAAGAGCAACUGCUGAAAACCCAGGCUGUGAACAAACUGGCUGAGAUCAUGAACCGCAAGGACCUGCUCAGCAAGGACGGCAGAGGCAAAAACAAGGUGUCGUCGGGAGACCUUCGGCGCAAGGAGAAGGAGUGCCGCAAACUGCAGCAGGAACUCACCCAGGAGCGCGAAAAGUACAGUCAGAUGGCGAUGAAGCACCAGCGCGAACUGCAGGAGCUUCAGGCGCAGGCUCAGGAGGACCACAACCUGAAGCUGCGGCUGCAGAUGGAGGCGGCCAGCAAGGACUCAGAAAUCGAACAACUCCAGCUCAAAAUCGCCUCUCUCUCCAGCGAGACUGCUUCGCUCAGCAGUGGUGCUGAAAACGACAACGAAGACGCCUUGCAAGAAUCUCGUUUGGAAGGAUGGCUCUCUGUACCUAACAAGCAAAACAUCAGGAGGCACGGCUGGAAAAAGCAGUACAUCGUCGUUUCCUCCAAGAAGAUCAUUUUCUACAACUCGGAAAAUGAAAAGCAAAACGCCGACCCAGUGUUAAUUUUAGAUCUAAACAAAGUAUUCCACGUGCGUCCAGUUACCCAGGGUGACGUCAUCCGUGCUGAUGCCAAAGAUAUCCCGCGAAUCUUCCAGUUGCUGUACGCUGGGGAGGGGGAAGUGCGGAGACCGGACGACGGCACCGGAGGCUCGGGCACUUUGUCGCAGACGCAGCACGAGAUGCGCAGCGACGACAAACCCGGCACGGUCACUCUCAAGGGCCAUGAGUUCCUGCAGAUCUCAUUCCACAUGCCAACCAACUGCGAAGUCUGCCCCAAGCCUUUGUGGCACAUGUUCCGACCUCCUCCGGCCCUCGAGUGCAGACGUUGUCGAAUCAAGGUGCACAAGGAGCACAUCGAGCACAAGGGCGAGGGGGUGGCGCCGUGCAAGGUGCACUACGACCCGAACUCGGCCAAGGAGUUGCUCGUGCUGGCGUCGAGCAACGAGGACCAGAAGCAGUGGGUGACGCGGCUGAGCAAGAAGAUCCAGAAGUGCGGCUACAAGGCCAACAGCGGCACGGCCGACCCGGCCAAGCUGUCGCCCAGGGACUCGACGCGCUCCAACAACUCCCUGAAAUUCGCUCACAUCAAAUCAGCCACGCUGCCGGCCAACGCCUCGGCCAAUUUCGGCAAAAUGAAUUAAUUCAAGAGAGACAGACACACAAACUCAUUGUUAACUAAGUUGCCAUUCGUUUCAACUCUUGUUCCCCUCCUUUUUUUGUCGUCUGUACAUUAGAUUGAAUUUAUAAAUAUUAAUUUUAUAUGAUUUGUAACAUUUCGUUUUAAGGAUUUCGGGGCUUCGUUUUAAAACUUCCCUUUUUUGUUUUUGUACAUUUUUUUUUUAAAUCCCAACUUCUCUGGUGUCCUUUCAGUUGAGAGCAACCCAUUUUUAAGCUUUGUAUAUUUACUUUAAAGAAUUUGAUUUUAAACUCAGCACCACUCUCAUUUCCUUGAACUUGCUUUUAGUCUGAAUGAUUGAGAAAAUUACUAACCAACUCCAACCUCUACUCAGGAUUACGAAGAAGCUUUUGCUAGUGCUGCAAAUCCAUUGUAACGAGCUUUUCCAAUAACGUCACGACCUCAAAUUUUAGGUGAAGCUUUUAGUGCAAAAACAGCAAUAUUUUGUUUGGUGUGGAAAAAUUUUGUUAUCGCAACUGAAGCAGUUGCUCAAAAGAAAUUGAAAAUUUCAACGAACCCAGGCAGGACUUGUUGAGCCUGGCGCGAAUAAUAAUAAAAAAAAAUUAAAAUGCUCACUGGAAAUAAUGCGAUAUUUUGCUAACGACUUUAUAUAUAUAUAGCCUUUGACAAUAACAUUGUUACACCACCGUAGCAAUAGUUGAUGCGUUUAUUAUAUAAAUAAUGUACCUUCCCAUACAAAUUAGAAUUUUCGAUGGAUUUUGAAGCUUUCGCACCCCUUCCAAUUAAUCAUGCACCAAUAUUGCAUUUUCAAAGAAUGGUUAUUGCGAAUAUGUGAUUGGGAAGCACAAUUACUGAUCAGAGCAGCUAACGAUGUGAGAAAUAUAAUAAUUAUAAUCUGAAUGUUAAUCAACCAAUCCACCUGCAAUUAUUAUAAAUUGUUAAUAUGCCAAUUUCUUUCGUAACUAAUCGAAAAAUUGCAUGUUCCUGAUCGGUCCGAUUUGGUGCUGGCCUCUUUUUUUCUAGGUUAAUUUGUUUUUAAACCCUUUUGAUUUCUAGUGCCUUCCUUGACGAAACCAAAACUAUGUACUUUUGAGUGCUAGCUGCAAAAAUGAAGAGAGUUUAGUGGAAUGACGCAGCCGACUUAAUUAUUACUUUAAAACUGAAUGCGAAUGUGUAUAAUUAAUCUAAUUAUAAUAUUAAACCUUUUAGUUAAGUAAUUAACGCAACGCUUCUCUCCUCCUAUAUGAUAUAUACAUGUAUUUAAUCAUUAGUGGCGAUAAUUAUUAUUAUUAUUAUAUUUUAUUAAUGAAAAAAGAAAACAAAAGUCGAAUGAUAUGUAAGAAAAUCACGCGCGCUGUUAUAUUUAUUUGCAAUGUGUAAUAUUUGAGGAACUCGUCGGCUUAUUUGUAACGAGCCACACGUUUUUCGGAUAUUUUAGAGGACAAAAUACAUCUCUCAAUUCCUGUAUAAA